GCGGAAGGAACCCUCGACAGGGCCGGUAGUCUGCCCCUCAACGGCACCCUGAUCAUCGGCCAGGAGCAGGACAGGCUGGCGGGCGGCUUCCACAGGGAGCAGGUAACGAGAAACGAUUAGAUCCCCUCUGCUUGGCCGUGUUAGUGGCAGUGUUAGUGGCGACAGUAGUAGUAGUAGUAGUAGUAGUAGUGUGCUGAAAAUUGAAUAAGCGUAAAAUAUCUGAACCGAACAAUCUUUUCACUCUCACACGCAUAUCUAGCCUCGCGUCUUUAGUCUGGCGUCAAAGAGUCUGAACGUUAUACCUCCUCCUCGUCCUCCUCUCCACUCCUGCAGGUUCUUCAUGGGGACUUCGCGCAGCUCAGCCUGUGGAGCCGCGCGCUGACCAGCGACGAGGUGAUGAGCUUGGCGACUUGUCAAGGGCCCGCGAACGGCGACCUUCUCAAUCUCGACGCCGAAGACCCGAUGGAGUUCGGUGAAACCAACUUUACUUACGUUGACCUUCAAGAACUGUGCAGGUGAAGGUGAACUGACAGGCUUGAGUGAAGACUGACAGACUUAGGACUAAACAGCAAUCCUAUAGACUACCGUCAAACUUGUCCCUUCUUCAGGGACUAAGGACUGAGGACUUAAGAUUCAGCAGCAAUUCUAAGACAACCUUGUAACUCGCCUCUGUUCGCAGGCCGUCACACCGCUACCAAAUGAUGCCGGAGGCCCGCACCUUCGCGGAGGCACUAUCGUUGUGUCAGGUCGUGAACUCGACCUUGGCCGUCCCUGCCUCCCUGGACGACGACCACCGCCUCCACCAUGAGCUGCGGCAGUUCGAGGCCGUAUGUCAGCCGGGCAGCAUCUACAAGUUCUACCUCGGCAUUACAGACGAGGCGCGGGAAGGUGAGUGGAGGGACGCCAACACCCAGCAGCUGAUCCAGUACAAGAACUUCAAGCCGCAGCACCCACGCGGCGGCAGCGUCCAGAAUUGUGGCCAGGUGCUCCCCGACGGGCUGUGGAGCGACGCUAGCUGCGACACGGAGCUGUGCGGCGCCUGCCACGUCGAGGCCACGGAGUUCCUGUACCUGCGCGGCCUCUGCUUCAAGACAGACGCCAUGAUGCAUUUCCGCCUGGGCGGCUACAUGGGCGGCCGUCCGGUGUUCCGCGGCUACUACAACCACGUCAUCCUGUGGCAGGAGGCCGGCAAGCGGUGGGUGCUGGUGGAGACCGAGACCAACGAGACUCUGGCCUGGCUGACGCUGCUCAACCCCAAGCAAUACCCCGUCGGCCUCCACACCUGGACCGCCGCCACGCGCCUCUGUGAACAGCCGGCGGGCAGCAGCCUGCCCCUUAGUCUGUCGCCGUGCCCGCACCACAAGUUCAUGUGCAAGUCCGGCUUCUGCCUCGACCACAAGUUCCGCUGCAACUUCCGCUUCGAUUGUCUGGACGGGAGUGACGAGGACGACUGCGGCGUGGUAGUGAAGGACCAAUCCUACCGCCCCCACCUGCCGCCUCGGGGGCCGCAGGACACCACGCUUCUCAUCGCGCCCUCCAUCACCCUCACGCGUAUCGCCAACAUCGACGACAUUCGCAUGACGCUCAACCUCGAGUUCUCCGUCAGCCCCACCUGGAGGGACGCCAGGCUUAACUUCAGCCAUCUCCACCCGGGCUUCAACGCUCUCAUCCAGACGGAGGAGGCGCAGGGGAUCUGGAUGCCGCGGCUGAAGCUGGUGAACCUGGAGGGCGGCGAGUACGAGGUGCUGGAGGAGACGGUGGUGGUGACGACAGCCAACCAGCCCAUCCUGCCGCCCGUGGCCUCCGUUAAGCGAGACCUGGUGUACCCCGGCAAUGUCAACAACAUCACCAUCAUCCAGCAGUUCACGGCCAAGUUCACGUGCAGUUUCAACCUCUACGUGUACCCGUUCGAUGUGCAGGAGUGCAGCAUCGACAUCCAGCUGCCGUGGACCUACAAGGACAUCGUCGAGUUCUCGCCGAAGAGCGGAGAAGCGAGGUACACGGGGCAGACUGACCUGGCGCUGUACACCGUCAAGAAUGUUCUAUUCCGGCCACAGACGGCGCCCAACCUGCUGAGCCUCCAACUGGAGCUGCACCGCCGCCAGGGCGUCGUGCUGCUGUCCACCUUCGUGCCGUCCGUGCUGCUGCUGGCGGUGAGCUGGGCUACGCUCUUCGUCCAUAUGGAGGCGCUCAACGUGCGGGCCGUCAUGUCCCUCACGACGCUCCUCGUCCUGUACACGCUCUUCGCUAACUUCUCGAGCACGAUGCCCAACACCGCCGCCAUCAAGCUCAUCGACGUGUGGUUCUUCUUCAUCAUCGUCCUGCUCUUCUGUAACAUCAUGGUGCACAUCUUCGUCACCUUCGUCGCCAGCCGCUCCGCCUCGGCCAAGCCCUCGCCCAAGGGAGUGCUCAAGAUCACCCCACACAGCGGGACGCAAGACGAGCCGCUCAGGUUCUCUCCGCAGCGGGUCAUGGCCAUCUACCGGAUCUUCAUCCUCCCGCCGGUCUUCGUCUUCUUCACGAUCAGCUUCUGCCUAAUGAUAUACCUGGAAGGGCCGAUGGCCAGGGCAGCGCAGCAAGCCAAAGGGUAAACUGAUCCGCCACACUAACGGGAAGGAGAGGUGUUGCCUAGCUCAUCAAGGAAACAAAAUAACGACACGGCACACGCAGCACACCAAAGCCAAGUUAUUGACACACUGACAAGAAAAAACUUUGCCUCUCUCCAUACAGAUACGAGACAGUGAAACUCCGUCAGGAACAUAUCAAACCAAAGUAAUCAACACACACACACACACACACACACACACACACACACACACACACACACAUAUAUAUUCGAAAAAUUGCGAAAUCAUUACACCACGGCUGAUAAAUCAAAAUGUAAGAUCAACAAAGGAAAAAAGCAACAAAAAAUGGUGUUCUCCCACCCUAGAAUUCCAAACUAAUGAACCCCCUACUCCGGGCACGUGAUAAAGUUCAGUGGCGACCCAUCCCAGCCAGACAGUCACCCGCCAGCCCAACAAGGUUCCUGUCCACGCAAGUUGGCACUGACACACACACAUAUCUCCGCAGCUUUAAUUAAAAAAAGGGAUAACAACAGUACAAAAUAUGAUGCAGCGAACCCUCGAUCUAGCUGCCAUUCCUCUGAUCGUCGCGGCGUAUAACAGAGACAGCAACAAUAACCACGACGCGGGACCACCAGCGAUUACACUCGUUGAAGACAGAGGAAAAAAUGCCCCGUGAACUUGGAGCACAUCUUUCCGGCUAACAGAGGACUUUUUUCUCCCCUUUUUUUAAAUAACAUGC